CUGCUGUUUUACAGGAAUAUAUUGGUUAUUGUUUAGCAUAAGACUCAAUCGUACAGUUUUUAUGUCAUCGAAUCAGAAUCACCAAAUUAUUGCAAACAAUUAUGCUAAAUACAACUGGAAAAACAUAACAUGUAGAGUUUUUAAAGUCAUGGUCUACCGUAGUGUCCCAUAGAAGUGCUUUAGAUCAGCCUUAUUUAUCAAGCACUUCUGUAAUUAUUCAACUUAAAAGGUCAUUUGGUCCCUCGCCAUGUUUAGUUAAUGUUUAUUCACCGACAUUUUCCAUUCAAAUUCAUGCAUCCAAACCAGCACAUUUUUAGCAAUUUCAGUAUCUUAAAUGGCCUAUAGAGAGAGUUAAAUGCUCAGAUGAGGAUGCUGACCCUGUUUACAGAGAUUGUGUGUGUAUUUCAGAGCAUAUGCUCAUUGCUUGAGAGUUUUCUGAUCACGUGAGCCAUAUUCUGAUGUUAGCUCGGUCCGUGGGCCUGUUUUCUGUACAUCUUGUGCGCAGAGAGUUGCAUUAGCGUGUAGGUUGAGAGUUGACUGUGUAUUUUCUCUUUUUCACUUUCUCUCUGGAGCAGCAGACACACUCAGACACUGCUGUAUCCAGACUGAAGCCAGCUGAAGGCUUACUCAGACCUGAUAUUGGGGGCAUGAGCGAGGACACGGGUGAAUCAGUUUCUCGGCUGAUUCAGACUGAGAGCGAGACGUGGAUUUUGCGGAUAUUACGGUGUUGCAUGUCUACAGGUGACGUAGACGUCGCUUCGCUCAGAUGUCUGGAAGUGUCGCUGAGCGCCGCCAUAUUGGACUCCAGCAUUUAGAGGCCAUAUCAGCCUCCACACACACCUUCCUCGGCCCCAACAAACUCCUGAAGUGGAUCCGGGAUGAAGACCCGGUGUUGGUCAGCACCUGUCCUCGUCUGCUUCAGCGCCUCGAGUUGGACUGCUCGGCCGGACAGCUCCUGCAUGAGACGGUCCAGGCCCAGCAGAAGCUCUUCCACUCCGGGACGGGCGCGCUGGUGUUUCUAACUGGAGCCUGGAGCAGAGUUGCACAGGAGUGUCUCAACAGAGGGAUAAGUGUGUUGGACAUCAAAACAGCCAUGAGAAAAGCCCUGGAGGUGAGUCUGCAGGUGUGCCAACAAUCGGCUGUAAGUGUGCGAGAAGUUUCCCGCAGGAGACUUAAACCUGAGCUUCGGGACACAGAGGUGCAAUGCAUGGAUGUUGAACACCCUCAUGAUCUCAGGCGGACACUCAAACACAGCAGACACUUUGGUUCACACGAAAACGCUGCGAACGACACGAGCAGCAUCGCGGAGGCCGUCAGCCACGGAUGCGAAUCCUCAAUGCGUUUAGUUUUAAAAGCUUGCAAGUUGCAAUCCACGCAAGAUUUGGAUAUCCAAAAACUGGUCACGUGCUGCAUCCCGGGCCCGUCCGAGGAGCGUUCAUGCGCGUUACACGGCUACGUCACGCUGCUCUCGGUCCAGCAGGCCUCAGUGGUUCAGAGCCUACAGGGUCAGAGGUUAAAUAUCGCUUUAGUGAGCGGCGAUUUGCGUGAGACGUAUCGUCACGUGGGCUUCAACAGGCCUGCGAACAUCACGCGCAUCGCGGACCGCGCGUCAAGCGCGAGUGUGGAAGAGCGCUGGAUUGAGACUGCGUUGAGGAUCGUGCACGCGUUGGGCGUAGGUGUUGUGCUCGCACACGGCGCGGUCGAUGACAAACUCAAAGAUCGCUGUUCAAGCGUCCUGUUUAUCGAAGGCGUUAAAAGCGGCGUUUUGAAGGACUUCAGCGCACGCACCGGUGCCGUCCCGGUGUCCUACAUCACUCAGCUGGACGAGCGCUGCGUGGGCCGGGGAGUGACGCUCAGUCGAUGCGAGGGACAUGAAUCCGCCUGGAUCGUGAGCGCGAACUCGUCUCUGGUCACUGCGGUUAUAACCAGCUCUGUUCCCGCUAAACUGCAGAUCCUGGAGGACGAGUUCUGGAGCUGCGCUCACCGACUGCACCAAGCGCUCAAAGAUGGGAAGCUCCUGCGUGGAUCGGGAGUCACCGAGAUCCUCUGCAUCCACAAACUACGCCAAUACCAGUCGGAAAACCCGCUGGAAAAGCUGGUGCUGGAGCUCAUGGCCGACGCCUGGAUGGACUACGUCUCCACUUUGAUGCUGAACAGCGGGUCUGUGGCGUCGAAAGCCGAGGCUUGGACAGCGAUCGCACGUCAGAGGAGACGUUGUGAGGAUGGGGAACCCGUGUUAGGGGAUUUUGGUGUGUAUGAUAACAUGACGGUGAAGACUGAAGCCUGGAGAAGAGCUCUUGAUCUGGUGCUUCUCGUGCUUCAGUCCGACACUGAGAUCAUUACUGGUGGCAGAGAAGGAGAAGAUCUUUACAAUGAGCUCAUGUGUCUUUGACAUCUGACACUUGAUUAAUAGCUCUUUGUCGGCAUAAUAAUAAUUAUUAUUAUUUAUAAAUUAGGAUGGAGUUGAAAACAAACAACCUUUUUUUCAUGCACUCCUCAGUCUGAAGAUACCGCAGGCCUUUCCCAAGAACCUUCUUUUGUAAAAAUGUGCUGCAAUAAUGACAGUAUGUGUACUGAUCUAAUGUAAAAAUAAAAUAGAAUUGAACAUGGA